CCUCAACUCCACUGCAUGGAUCAAAUCGACCAAGAAUUUAUAUUGAUAAAGAUGAAACCCUACCUUUUUGCGUUCCUGUUAUUGUUCCUUCUACUUCUCCACCAAUCCCAUUUCGCAAAGGCUGCUGUUGGGUCUUCUUUUCUCUCUAAGAUCAAUUCUGCUGGGAGAAUUAACAAAGACCAAGAAAAGAAAAUAAAAUAUUUGGAGAAUUCCAAAAAACUCAUCGACGCUGCGAAUGCAUACUUGGAGUAUUUGAAUAAAAAAAAAGAAAAAAAGAAACCAAAUCCCACACUACCAAACCUGCCACUGAAAGAGGAAAGAAGACUGAAUGAGGAAAGAAAAGGCUUCGCUCCACUCAAAGAAUACCUUUCUAACUUUGGCUAUCUUCCAUCCUCCGACUCAUUCAACAACACUGUCGACCAACAAACAUUAUCAGCCAUCAAGAAAUUCCAGGAAUCUUUCAAUCUCCCAGUUACCGCCGACAUCCUUAAACUGAUCUCGCUACCACGAUGUGCUGUCCCCGACAUGAAUUUCAACUACGGCUUCUCCCAAAAUGUGUCGUGGCCCAAAGCCCGUCAUCGCUGGUUCCGAAAGACAAACCUCACAUACGGUUUUCUUCCGGAGAGUGAAGUCGAACCCAACGCCAUCAAAGUCUUCAAAAGUGCAUUCACGCGGUGGGCGGAUGCCACAGCGUUUUUGAACCUGACGGAGACAGCCUACGACCACGCGGACAUUAAGGUUGGAUUCUACAAUUUCUCUGAUGUCCUUGUCGGCGACUUGUAUGGCUUCAGCUUAAUAACGCAGAACCCUCAGUCUAACGUGAAGACAGCUGUAAUAAAACUCAACGACAUUCUGUUUUGGGCGCUGCCCAGUGAAAAAGGUGACUUGUCGGCGAAGGAUGGAGUUCUGGACUUGGAGAGUGCGGCCAUGCAUCAGAUAGGGCAUUUGCUUGGAUUUGAUCACUCUUUCAUGCAUGACUCUAUUAUGUACCCUUACAUUUUGCCAUCGCAGGAACGAAAGGUUGAACUCUCCAAUUCUGACAAGAACAACAUUAAGAAAAAGUAUGCCAACCGUUGACUCUGGUGGCGACGGUGGUUGUUUUGGAGUGCCUUCAAUCAUCACUUUGUUGUCUCUGGGAUUUGCUUGCAUUCUUCUUAUGUAUUAAGUCUCCUCUUACGUCUAGCACUUGCAACUUUGAUUUUGUUCUUGAAUUAUAUUAUAGUGAAUAGUUUCCUUUCCAAGAAGAUUGAGGAAUACGUUCCAUUCCCCAAAAUGUCUUUCAUUUGAGUGUUGUAAUUGUUUCUAAUUGGCUUCUUGUCCGAAUAUGGAAAUAAAAGAUGUUUAUGUUUAAUUCUGUA